GAAGAGGAGGAGGAGAAGAACACCAGUCCCACAGACCUCUCUGAGCUGCUGAAAGAAGGGACAAAGGAGGCCCAUGACCGGGCUGAGAACACUCAAUUUGUCAAAGAUUUCCUGAAGGGACGCAUCAAGAGGGAGCUCUUCAAGCUGGGCACAGCAGCCCUUUACUUCACAUACUGUGCGCUGGAGGAGGAGAUGGAGCACAACAAGGACCAGCCCAGCUUUACCCCUCUGUAUUUCCCCUUGGAGCUGCACCGGAAGGAAGCCUUGGCAAGAGACCUGGAGUACUUAUAUGGGGAAGGCUGGGAGGAGAAGAUCCAGUGCUCAGAAGCCACUCAGCACUACGUGGACCGCAUCCAUCAUGUUGGGCAGCAUGAGCCGGAGCUCCUGGUGUCCCAUGCUUACACCCGCUACAUGGGGGACCUUUCUGGGGGUCAGGUGCUGAAGAGGGUGGCCCAGCGAGCACUGAAGCUGCCAAGCACUGGAGAAGGGAUCAACUUCUACAUGUUUGAAAACAUUUCCAACCCCCAGCAGUUCAAGCAGUUCUACCGAGCCCGGCUCAACGCCCUGGAUGUGUCCCAGGAGACCAAGGAGAGGAUCGUCAAGGAGGCCAACAGGGCCUUUGAAUUCAACAUGCAGGUCUUUGAGGAGCUGGACAAGAUCGGGGCUUUGUUACCAGAAGAAGCCCAAGAUGGCGGCCUCCCAAUGCAUGACGGGAAGGGAGACAUGCGCAAGUGCCCGUACUAUGCCUCGAAACCCGCUGGCUCCAAGGACACUGCCUGCCCCUGCCACCUUGCCCUGGCUGCCCUGAAGCAGCCCACCGUCCAGCUGGUCUUGGCAGCCUGCGUUGCGGUCACUGCUGGCAUUGCAGCCUGGUACGUGAUGUGAGGCUGGGCACCGGCUGCCUGUUGGCUCUUGAAGAAAUUGCUCCUUUUUUCCAUUGACAUAAGUGGACUUUUAAUGCCGGAUUUAAUUGAGGAAACAUUAAACCCAAAUCUAGUGUAC